GUGUAUAUUAUUAUUUUUAUUGCGUAUUUGACAACUUUUAGAUCACAUUCGGACAGCAUAACAGUUAAUAAUAAACGUAUACACAUGCUACAAUUUUAAUGGCUCAUUUGUGUGCGAAUUUCUACCAAUUGCUUGAAAUACACAAGGAAUACCUUUUUUUUUAACCACGUGUGUUUGCGGUUUUAUGCAUAGGAGACGUCAUCAUGUCUAAAGGUACAGUGGUCCUGGCCUACAGCGGUGGACUGGACACUUCCUGUAUUCUAGUUUGGCUCAAGGAGCAGGGCUAUGAUGUAAUAGCUUACAUGGCCAAUAUUGGACAGGAUGAGGAUUUUGAAGCCGCUCGCAAAAAGGCAGAAAGCCUAGGUGCUAAAAAGGUUUUUGUUGAAGACCUUUGCACGGAGUUUGUGGAAGACUUCAUCCUGCCCGCUGUUCAGGCCAACGCCAUCUACGAGGACCGAUACUUGCUGGGCACGGCGCUCGCUCGGCCCUGCAUCGCCCGGCGCCAGAUUGAGAUUGCACGGCGGGAGGGAGCCCAGUAUGUGUCCCACGGCGCCACAGGGAAGGGAAAUGACCAGAUACGUUUUGAGCUGGCAUUCUAUGCCCUCUACCCUGAGAUUACGAUUAUCGCACCCUGGAGGAUCCCGGAGUUCUACAAACGCUUCCGGGGGAGAAUAGACCUGAUGGAAUACGCACAGAAAAACGGCAUCCCUGUGCCCGUCACUCCUCGGGCGCCGUGGAGCAUGGAUGCCAACCUCAUGCACAUAAGUUAUGAAUCCGGCAUCCUGGAAAACCCCAAAAACCACGCUCCAGCCAACCUCUAUCUCAUGACCAAGAGCCCGGAAGUUUCUCCCCCCACCCCCGAUGUGCUGGAGCUGGAGUUCAAGAACGGAAUCCCAGUGAAGGUGGACAGUGUGACGCAAGGAAUAUCCAAGGACAAUGCUUUGGAUAUAUUUAUCUUGCUCAAUGAGAUCGGAGGAAAGCACGGCGUGGGUCGCAUCGACAUCGUUGAGAACCGUUUCAUCGGCAUGAAGUCCCGAGGGAUAUAUGAAACCCCGGGGGGGACAAUCCUACUGAAGGCCCAUCUCGACAUCGAGACCUUUACGAUGGACAAAGAGGUGCGGAGAAUCAAGCAAGGGCUCGGCAUCAAGUUCUCCGAACUGGUCUACAAUGGCUUCUGGUACAGUCCGGAGUUUGAUUUUGUGCGACACUGCAUCGCCAAGUCCCAGGAGAACAUUGAGGGCAAAGUGCAGCUGUCCGUCUUCAAGGGUCAGGUCUACAUCCUGGGACGCGAGUCACCCAAGUCGCUGUAUAACGAGGAGCUGGUCAGUAUGGAUGUGCAAGGAAACUACGACCCCUGCGACGCUUCGGGAUUCAUCAGGAUUAACGCCGUCAGGCUGCAGGAGCAUCAGCGUCUGCAGGGUCUCUCCAACACCAAGCAGUGAAGAGCGACAAGCCCAAGUAAUCUUUCCGAAACACUGACAAUGUUAUUCUUACUGGUGGGGGAAUCUUGGUAAUGGGGAAAUGAGAAAUAAAAGACGACAAGCGCUUUUUUUGUUUGUAUGUGUGAAUAUUGUGCAGGGGCGUCAAACGGCAGAUGUUGCAGGGAGCAUUGGUUCGGCCAUCCAAGCUCAAACCUGAGAGAUUAUUCCCAAGAAUGGCACAGCUACGUAUGACUGAGUUUUGGUUUUGUUUUUUUUUUUUACAUUUCUGUUUUGAAGAGACCAGGUUUCGAUUCCAUCUCUCGGCCAUCUCUGUGUGGAGUUAGCUGUACAAGCGGUUAGCUGUACAAGCUGAGCGAAACCAAUCACAGCAUUGCGGGCGUUCCCGGAGGCGGGCUGUGGGUGGAAUAAAUUAAAGCAGACCGUUACGGACAUACAGCUGGAAUAGCUGCAGAUUCUGGAAGAUCUAGAAAGAGUCCACAAUUCAACAUAAAGGGCUGGAAAGCAGCCAAACAGGUUCCCUUUAAGAAUAAAGUAUUUGGGAAAAUGUUUUAUAUAUACAUAUAUAUAUAUAUAUAUAUAUAUAUA